AUGGACUCCCCUAUGGAGCUGAAUAUCCAUCACCAUGGGACCCCGCACAUAAUCCACGUUCCCUCUUCAGCAACAUUACAAGACCUCACAUCCGAGAUUGCGAACGUUUUGAACAUUCCAGUCGACAACCAGAAGCUCCUCAUAGCCCCAAAGCCAGGAAUGCAAAAAGCGCCAUUCGCACCAACUCGCCUCGAUGAAAUUCUCCAAACUUCCUCCCCCAAAUUCAAGAUCACCCUCCUCGGAACCCCCGCCAAAGCGAUCGCAGACCUCCACCAACAAUCCGAGAGCGAAAAGCAGCGACAAGAAGCGCGAGCUUCUGCCUUGGCUGCUGCGCGACGCAAUAAGCAAACACCAACCUCACGCCGCAGUGGUGGCGUCCACACUAUCUCCUCUUCGAGCAAUAACUAUACCUUCCACCGUCUCCUCCCACUCUCAUACCUCCCGAACCCUGACCGCUCCUUGGACUUCCUCAAGCGCCUCCGCGAUGACCCAGGCAUCCGUACCGCGAUGGCAAAGCAUAAAUUCUCCGUUCCUCUCUUAACGGAGAUGAACCCAGCAGAGCACACCACUAGCGAAUCACGGACGCUGGGUCUUAACCGGAAUAAAGGCGAAGUCAUUGAGCUGCGCUUGCGAACAGAUGCCUAUGAUGGGUAUCGUGAUUACCGCACUAUUCGAAAGACGCUUUGUCACGAGCUCGCUCACUGCGUGUUUGGACCACAUGACCGUGAUUUCUGGGAUUUGACAUCGCAGAUUGAGAAGGAGGUCGAGCGAGCUGAUUGGAAGUCUGGUGGGAACCAGUUGUCCAGCCAGGAAUUCUAUAACCCUGGUGACUGGGAUAGUGUACAGGACGGGGAGGAGUUUGUUGAUGAGUGUGGGUGGACGGGCGGCGAGUUUGUCCUUGGUGGAUUGCAAGGAGACUCGGGGUCAUCACAACCUGGGAGUGGAGGGGCUCUAACUCGUCGGGAAAUUAUGGCUCGUGCUGCGGAGGAGAGAAUGAAAAGGGAAACCCAGACAAGGAAGCAGGAUGAUGCUACGUGA